GCGCUCGUGCGGGGGGCGGAGCCUCGGCUGCACGCUCGCCUCGGCCCCGCCCCCUGUUCCCAGCCGGCCGCUCCGGGGCCGCCGGUUUCCCUAGCAACCGUCGCGCCGCGUCUUUCUGAGGGAGCGUCAGUCAGCAUCUCACCGCUUGCUCCCCACUGCCCAGAGGUUUUAGCGUGGCCUCAGACUGACGGAUAACAAAAAUGGCGGAGCGGAGCCAGACGGCGCCCGAGCCAGGCAAUGAUAUAGGAAAUGAGGAAGCCAUUGGAGGCAAUGUGAGCAAAUACACAGUGCUUCCAAACGGAUACUCUGGACAACCCAAGAAAGGACAUCUUACCUUUGAUGCUUGCUUUGAAAGUGGUAACCUUGGCCGUGUUGAGCAAGUCUCUGAGUUUGAGUAUGAUCUGUUCAUUAGGCCAGACACCUGUAAUCCUCGCUUCCGCGUCUGGUUCAACUUUACUGUUGAAAAUGUGAAAGAAUCACAGAGGGUCAUUUUCAACAUUGUUAACUUCAGUAAAACCAAGAGUCUUUACAGAGAUGGGAUGGCGCCUAUGGUGAAAUCUACCAGCAGACCAAAAUGGCAAAGACUGCCACCAAAAAAUGUUUACUAUUAUCGCUGCCCAGACCACCGGAAAAAUUAUGUGAUGUCCUUUGCAUUCUGUUUUGAUCGAGAAGAUGAUAUCUACCAGUUUGCUUACUGUUACCCAUAUACAUAUACUCGCUUCCAGCAUUACCUGGACAGCCUACAAAAGAGAAACAUGGAUUACUUCUUGCGGGAACAACUUGGACAGAGUGUGCAACAGCGGCAGCUUGACCUCCUGACGAUAACCAGCCCCGAAAAUCUCCGAGAAGGGGCCGAGAAGAAGGUGGUAUUCAUCACAGGCCGAGUCCACCCAGGGGAAACACCAUCUUCAUUUGUGUGCCAAGGGAUCAUUGACUUCCUUGUAAGUCAGCAUCCAAUUGCCCGUGUCCUACGAGAACACCUGGUCUUCAAGAUUGCACCGAUGCUCAACCCUGAUGGAGUCUAUUUGGGCAACUACAGAUGCUCCCUGAUGGGGUUCGACCUGAAUCGUCACUGGCUGGAUCCCUCUCCAUGGGCCCAUCCCACCCUGCACGGAGUGAAACAGCUCAUCAUCAAGAUGUACAACGACCCAAAAAUAAGCCUGGAGUUCUAUAUUGACAUCCAUGCCCACUCCACCAUGAUGAACGGCUUCAUGUAUGGCAAUAUCUUCGAGGAUGAGGAACGGUUCCAAAGGCAGUCCAUUUUUCCAAAGCUCCUUUGCCAGAAUGCCGAGGACUUCUCCUACACUAGUACAUCCUUCAACCGAGAUGCUGUGAAAGCAGGAACCGGCCGACGCUUCCUUGGUGGACUCCUGGAUCACACAUCAUACUGCUAUACCCUAGAGGUUUCUUUCUACAGCUACAUCAUUGGGGGUACGACAGCUGCUGUGCCCUACACUGAAGAAGCCUAUAUGAAGCUGGGGCGGAACGUGGCGAAAACAUUUCUAGAUUAUUACCGCCUGAACCCCCUGGUUGAGAGGAUGACAGUCCCCAUGCCAAGACUUCGACGAUGACCACCUCCUCUGCGAUCAUUUAUUUAAAAGCACAGGAAUUUUCUUUUUUCUCAUCGGCGUAACUCUGGAGCACCUGAAAAGAGUUCUCUAGAAACGAAGGUAUCAGCAAAUGCAACAAAAUCAAAGAAAGAAUAAAAUGCCCUCAAGUCUCAGACUCCAUCAUGACCUCCUCCUGUCACUGGAUCCCAAAUAUGGAUUCAUUUUCCCAAAGCAAUGGCCUCCACUGACACACAGUUCUGCUCAGGCUCCUGCCAAGGCUCCCGGCUACAGACUUAAGUUCUUAUGAAGCGAAGAGCACAGCGUUUGGUAAAGAGCUUUUGGACUUGGAAUCCUGUUUGGUCCUCAAGGCUGUGGGGAAGUGGAAGGGAGGGGUUUACUUAUUGCUCAGUGCUUUCCCGUGGGCUACCUUUUCAGAGUCCUUCAGGCCGUUCGUCCUUUAUCAGUAAGAAACACUACCUUUGCAUCUACUGAUGCUGCUAAGAUUAACCCUGCUGGCACUGCCAUUGCCACUACCACUGAUAUUAAUGCUGCUGCUCUCUCUGUGUGUGUGUGUGUGUGUCUAUGUGUUUUGUUUAUACUUGUUUGUAUAUGUUCAUGUAUGUGAGCUGGUCCACGUGUAUAUAGGUGCUCUCACAUGAGGAGGGUCUCUUCCCUGAUUACAUAUGAUUUUCUGAGGUGAGGUCUGUCACUGAACCCAGAGCUUUCUGAUUCACCUAGGCUAGGUGGCCAGUGAGCUUCAGGGGUCCUCCUGUCUUGACUUCCACAGCUCUGGGGCCACAGAUACAUCGUCCCACCCAGCUUUUACAUGUGUCCUGGGGAUAUGAACUCAGGUCCUCAUGCUUGUGUGACAAGCAUUUUGCUGAAUGAGUCAUUUCACCAGCUCUCACUGUCACUGCAGAUGCUGAUGUUGAUCCUCUUGAUGGCAGCAAUAAUACUCCCAAUACUAAUGCUGCUGCUGAUGUAGUAUUGUCAUUACUGCUGAUUGGACCACCACAAGGCUACUUCCACGACUACUGCCACUUCCUACAGGGGACACGAAGGUCUUUGUGCUCACAGACAUGCGCUAGGGAGCCUGGAAUGUAAGGCAUAUUUUCUGCCCAGAAAGCAGGUGUGCUCUCGAGCCUGGGGACCUUUUGCAGUCUGUGUAACUGGAAACUUUCUAGCACCAGACACUUUUCAUAAACUUGUUUUUUUGUUUUUCUUUCUCAGCCGAUUUAUAGAACCUAUCUUUAUAAACACUGUCACGUGCACUUUACAUCUGAUCUGUAUUUAGCUUGCUUUGUUCCUCAAAGAGAUUUAGGUAUGCUUUGUUAUGCAUGUGGGACUGAGUUAAUCGUCACAAGAAUAGGUUUUACUAAAUUGUGCUGUGCUGCAAUAUGUCUAAAAUAUACCCCUCGGGGCCAAACUCCCCGAGUCAGAAUAAGCAGAGGCUACUGAGCUGUACUGUGUGAACUGCCUUCUCGCCUCCUGCUGCUCAUCACUCUGCCGCCCGCCCGCCCGUGAAGGUCAAAGAGACUCCUGCCAUGACUGUUGCUACCAGCACGGCUGGUUUGAUGCCUUCCACUGCUGCCACCGUUGCUGCUCCUGCCUCUUCUCAGCCCUAACUGAAUGCCGCUGGGCUCCCAUGAGAUCAUCCACAAUAUGUGCAAUAGUCCUGUGAAACAGGUGCUGUGCUCUCUGUUUCCCUGAUAAGGAGAAAGAAAUGUAGAAAGGCUAAGUCAUCUGUCUAGAAUCUCACCGCUUGUGAAGGUGUCUGGAUGCCAUCAGAUUCCAGCACUCGUGUUCUUUCCAUUUUCUCCUCCAUCCUUUUGUAUACAAUCCCAAGACUGACAGUACAAUAAAUAUUUA